AUGAGGGCCAUCAAGAGCAAAGCAUCGCAUGUAGCCUCCAAAUUCGCAUUUGGCAGGGACUCGAAAGCCGCCGGACCGCCCGUCGCCGACAAAGGAUGCGACAUUGAACGUCCAGAGCCAUCUCUUCGCGACGUGCCAGGAGGCCAGAACGAGCCACAUUCGUGUCCCACCGACAAAAACCCGUCGGUCUACUACGAAACGUUGGGAGAGUCGCCACGGAGGGCGACGACGCAGCACGUUCGAGUCGCAGACUCGGAUAUCAUGGAGCCUAGUUCAGAGGAGACACGAGAACAGUCCCAGACCCAACUCACGGAGAGAGAGAACGCUCAGCUCAGACGGAAACUCGCAGACAUAACGCGGCAUAGUGCUAGGCUCAGACAAGGUCGCGACGAGGCGCUGCGCGAGAAAACUAGACUCAAGCAAGACCUAGACAAAAUCGUGCAAGAGAACAUUGGGCUCCAGAAACGACUCCACGAGAUGGAGCAGCACGCCGGAUCCUGGAAGCAUGAGGCUACGCGCUACAGAACGGAGAGGGACGCCGCGCACCUGGACGUAGAACAAGUUUCCCGAAAAGAGGCAACUCAGAGGCGUGAAGAAGCCUUGGUCAAGGAAAACGCACAAUUGAGAACGUUGCUCGAAACUCGCCGACGCGAGCUACAGGACGCACAGCACUUCAUGGGUACGGUGGACACCUACUCAGAAAGCGAAGUUGUGGAGGAGGUCCGCAGCCUGAACGCGGAGAUCUUCAGCCUGGUACGCGCAAUCGCCGACGGAGCCGAGCCUGACCAGGACCCGCACGCGCUUCCAGGCGCGGAAGAGAAUGUGAUGAGGCUCGCAGUGGGUCAACCCUUCCUCGGUAUGCUCAGGUCCACAGACACCCGGGGAGACACAAUCCUACUCGAGGUUGCGAUGCAAGCUGCAGCCGCAGGAUACCUUGCAUGGAUUAUCCGCACUUGGCUGAUGAAUGAUGAAGGCGACAGCAUCUUGACAUUUGUAUACAAGGGGAUCCGGGAUGCCGAAAACCAAAGCGUAGCGGGUCAAUGGCGUGCCCUGACCCGAAAGUUCGCACAAAUUCUUUGUCUCGGCUCGCAGCAACUCGAAGACCGCUGCAACAAGGGGCUGUCAAAGAUGUUCGGGAACAGUAUAGCCUUGGCGCGCAUGCGUUCCUCUCCGGACAGCGAUCCGAAGGAGGCCAUACAGAUCCUGGCUCGAAAGACCCUCAAGAUCCGCCACCUCAUUGGUGAGGCUAUGAAGAGCAGUGAAUACGAGAUCCUGCUUCCGCAACCAGGCGCCACGUUCAUGGCCGAAGACAUGGAAGACAUAUACAGUCCGAAAGAAGGGCGACGCACGGAAUCAGAGUCUCAUGUCUUGUGUUGCGUGGCUCUAGGGCUUCGGAGGGUCGAGAAGGUCGGCGAAGGGUUGCGGUCCGUGACUCUCGUCAAACCGGAGGUUGGGCUUCAGACCUUGUUGACAGACUUGAACUUGGCAGACGGGGACAUUGGGAAGGUCGUAUGACCAUAGUAUCAUAUUCUUGCAUUGCCGCACAUGCAGUGUAUCUGAUCAGUCUCCAGCCC